AUGAUAUUGUUUGGCUAUCUCAAUAUUUGGUUGUUUCUGUCGAUUGUUCGGCAAAUAUCGGGUAUUUCGUACAAUCAACCAAAACUUUGUGCAAAUGCAACAUGGAAUCAGACAGCUAUAACUUUUGCUACGAGCACCUUAGUCGGCACACAUCCCGAAGGUAUUUUUGUCGAUAGAAACAAUAGUGUCUAUGUAGCUGAUUAUACAGAUGGCAGAAUUUUGAUAUGGCUUAACGGAAGUACUACACUUACUGGAAAUAUUUCAAGUGGUUUAAACACACCUUAUGGUCUCUUCGUUACGGACAAUGGUGAUCUUUAUGUCGGUAAUGCCUAUUCAGAUUAUCGAGUUGACAAAUGGGCAUGGAAUAGGACAAAUAGUGUUCCAGCAAUGUAUAUAUGUUCACUAUGCUAUGGUAUUUUUGUGGAUAUUAACAAUAUGCUUUACUGCUCAAUGUAUUAUUAUCAUCAGGUUGUCUACAAAUCAUUGACCCAAAAUUUAAAUGUAUGGAGUAAUGUCGCCGGUGUAAGUAAUACAGCUGGGUCAACGUCGAAUACACUUAAUGGUCCCAUGGGAAUCUUUGUCGAUAAUCACUUGAACUUAUAUGUGGCUGAUUUUGAAAACGGUCGGGUUCAAAAAUUUGCAUCAGGACAAUUGAAUGGAGCAACAAUAUCAACAGGUGCCAUCACACUCUCCCAUCCAACUUCAGUUAUGCUCGAUAGUGAUGGAUAUAUUUUUAUUAGUGACAAUAGCAACCAUCGUAUUAUUGGUUCAGGACCAAACGGUUUUCGGUGUAUAGCGGCAUGUUCUGGAUCACCUGGUUCAUCUGCUAGUCAAUUCCAGAAUCCACAAACUAUUAGUUUUGACAGUUAUGGAAAUAUAUUCGUCACUGAUUACAAUAAUAAUAGAGUUCAAAAAUUUCUUUUAUUAUCAAACGGCUGUAAUACAACAACAGCAACAACUACAAUUGCUGCAACAAAUACGACGAGCGUUACUCUAACAACUACUAUACCAACAUCAGUGUUUUAUACCAAUGGUAAAGUAAUAACUGAGAAUGAGUAUUUCAUACAUUCACCUUUACUUUGGUUCACUAGGCGUAAUCCGAUGAAUUUACGCCAGUUUUUAUGA